AUGUUUUUCUUGAAGGAUUUGUCAUUGAAUUUAACUUUACAUCCAUCCUAUUUUGGACCACAAAUGGAUAAGUUUUUAAGAGAUAAGUUGUUAAGUGACGUUGAAGGUACAUGUACCGGGCAGUUCGGAUACAUUGUAUGUGUUCUUGACUGCAUGAACAUCGAUGUAGGGAAGGGACGUAUUGUUCCCGGGUCAGGUAUGGCUGAGUUUGAAGUCAAAUACCGUGCAGUUGUAUGGAAACCGUUCAAAGGUGAAGUGGUAGAUGCUGUUGUAACAACAGUGAAUAAAAUGGGGUUCUUUGCAGACGUAGGUCCAUUGUCUGUGUUUGUGAGUACUCAUUUAAUCCCAUCAGAUAUGAAAUUCAAUCCAUCUGCGAACCCUCCUGCUUAUGUCAGUCCAGACGAAAACAUUGAAAAGGGUUCAAGAGUACGUUUGAAGAUUGUUGGUACAAGAACAGAUGUGAAUGAAAUCUAUGCUAUUGGAAGUAUCAAGGAGGAUUACUUGGGUCCAAGUCCAAUGUAA